GAAAACAAGCAAAGAAGGUAUAAAAGCAAUAGUGUUUCUCUAUGCUUUAGCUUUCACUGUGUAGACCUAAGACAGAACUAUGUUGGUCUUUUUAUUUCUGCUGUGUGUUAUACAUGUGCUGUCAGUGGCUGAAGCUCAGCAGAGAGCGUAUCUCAUUACAGCACCCAAAGUUCUGCGAGUGGAUGCGUCAGAGACUGUGCUGGUGCACUUGUAUGGCUAUGUCGAAGAGACCACAGUGAACCUUCACCUUAAAGACAAUCUGGCCUCUGAAGGCAGAACUUAUGCGUCUCAGACUCUUAAACUCAAUGACAAAAAUAAUUAUCAAGCUGCAGCUACUCUUCGGAUUUUCCCAAACAUUGCACAAGAGGUCACCGAACUCUACCUGCAGGCCACAUCUAGUUCCUUCACCAGGGACCAAAAAAUACCAAUCAUUCGUAACAAUGGUUUUCUUUUUAUUCAGACUGAUAAACCACUAUAUACACCCGAACAGCAAGUUGAGGUGAGAGUGUACUCUUUGAAUGAGGAGCUGAGAAAGACUAGCAGACCUGUUUUCCUUACGUUCAAGGACCCAGAUGGCAUCAAAGUGGAAAUUAUUGAGAUGAAUGACAUCAUUGGUGUGAAACCAUUACUUCCACCAUUCAAAAUACCCUUGAAACCUAAGUUUGGGAUCUGGACAAUCGAGGCCACUUAUGCUACAAACUUCACUACAACUGCUGUGGCUAAAUUUGAGGUCAAAGAAUAUGUUUUACCCAGCAUUUCAGUCCGCAUCCAGCCUGAAGCAAACUAUGUCAGCAUAGCAAACUUUGAGUCCUUCAAACUAAAGAUAUUUGCCAAAUAUGUCAGUGGAAAAAUAGUCAGUUCAGCAGAUGUGUUUGUGAGGUUUGGAUACAUCAAUAAUCAUGAUGUGGUCAUGAUACAACAAUCAUUAAGAGUGUAUAAGAUGUAUGAGGGUGAGGUGGAAGUUGAGAUAAACAUCAAACGUGAUCUGUCCAAGAAAAAUUCCGGGCCUCAAGACCUGUGGGAAAUGAACAACCAUUUCCUCCGUGUGGCUGUUUUGCUGAAAGAGUCUACAGGUGGUAUCUCCCAGGAGGCAGUAAUCUCUCAUGUGAAGUUUGUUCAUUCUCCUUUCACCCUGAGUCUGAUUGCUACUCCUCCUUUCAUCAAGCCAUCUUUACCAUACCACAUCAAAGUUUUGGUGAAGGAUCCACUGGGUGAAUCAGUUGCAGGUGUAGCUGUAAAGGCAAGAGUAACAGUAACUAACAAUAAUAAUCAAAUUGAAGAACUCCAUGGACAUCAAAAUGAACUCAAACAGACAUCCAGAAAUGAUGGCAUUGCAUAUUUUGUUUGCAAUAUUCCUAAUAAUGUUGCAAGAGCUGAAUUUUCUAUUGAAACAGAUGAUCAUAAAUAUCCACCAAAGAGCCAGGCUCAGCUUAAACUCAGCACUUUGGCCUACGAGUCUGUCAAUCAGCGCUAUCUAUAUAUCAAUUUACCUUCACCUACAUUUAAGGUAGACGACUAUGCCUCUAUCAACAUCAACUUUCACUAUCGUGACUAUCUUCCAUUGAAGACCUUCAGUUAUCAGAUCCUUUCAAAAGGGAAAGUGGUAAAGUUUUCCACAGAACAGCGGGUAACUGAUAACCUCCAGAGCAUCAACUUUAAGGUGACUUCUAACAUGGUGCCUUCUGCCCGCCUGGUGGUCUAUUACAUCCUUUCUGGAGAGGAGAGAGCUGAAUUGGUUGCAGAUUCUGUGUGGUUCAACGUAAAGGCCAAAUGUGUCAACAAUUUAGAUGUGAACAUAGCAGCUCAAGGUAAGGACUACAAACCCAAAGACAAGCUAAUGUUGACGGUACGGACUAAAAGUGAGAAUGAAAAGUCCCUGGUGGCGCUAGCAGCUGUAGAUAUGGCCCUGUACAACCUCAGAGCUAACGACAAAAACCCACUAAACAAGGUACUGCAGCAAUUUGAGCACAGUGACCUUGGCUGUGGAGGAGGAGGAGGCCGAAAUAACGCUGAUGUCUUCAGCCGUGCUGGACUGACUUUUCUUACAAAUGCAAACGUUGAGGCCUUUAAUGUAGAUAAGACCUGCACAGCUGUGGUCAGACCCAAACGCGCCACUCUUUCAGACACGGAGAAGCAAGAAUAUGCCAAUAAAUACAACUUUUAUAAACCAUGCUGCCUGGAGGGAUUGCAAACCAGCCUGCUUCUAGAUACCUGCCUGAGUGCAAGCGAGAAAUUGUUGACUAAACACCGUCAGUGCAAGGCAGCCUUCAAAGAGUGCUGUAAGUUUGCAGAAAAACAUCAGACAGAAAAUCAGGGUCCAGUCCUUCAUCAUCGUCAUCAAGUACCUAAAUUAUUCACACCAUUGCAUGAUGUCCAGUCAAAUCACUCCAGUCUCUCUCUAAAUGAAACAUAUGAGGAACAUGCCAAACAAUAUGGAGAGUAUAAUUUCUGCUGCCUGUUGGGAACUGACAGUAAUCAAACUUUGGAAACCUGCUGGGAUCGUAGCAAUAAGUUACAAAACAAUGAUGAACAGUGUAAGAUAGCUUUCCAUGAAUGCUGCAUUUUUGCUGAAAAUCUUCGGAAAGGAAAUGAGAGUGUGGACACCCUUGGACAAUCAGGGCUCCCAGUUGACAUCCAUUUGACUGCUGUUCGGAUAAAGCGCUCUGAUCUCUCACUGAUUGAAAAAUUUGAGGCAAAAGCUAAAGAAUUCAAUCAUUAUCACCAAUGUUGCCGAGAGGGAGUUGACAGUAGCCCAACUUUGGAGACUUGCUUGGAACGUACCCGGAAAUUAAAGACCAUUAAUGAUAACAGACCAUGUAAGAUAGCAUUCCUUAAAUGUUGCAACUAUGCUGAAAAGCUUCGGGCAGAAAGCUUUGUCGGGGUCAGCCUUGCUCGUUCAGAAAUAGAAUUUCUGUUGGAUGUGAAGAACGAGCAGGUCCGCAGCUACUUCCCAGAGAGCUGGUUGUGGGAAGAAUACGAAACUGAGAGGUCUGGAGCACUUACAGUCACUAAAAGUCUUCCUGAUUCACUGACUAAAUGGGAGGUCAGUGCUGUUGGGGUGUUCAACAAUGGAAUAUGUGUCGCAGAUCCCCUGCAAGUGUCAGUUCAACAGGUAGUGAGUUUAGAUGUACCUCUGCCCUACUCUAUGGUGCGUGGGGAGCAGAUUGAACUUAAGGGAUCAGUGUACAAUGAGUAUGAUACAGAAAUAACAUAUAGUGUGACUUUGUCAGCAUCAGAGGGUGUGUGUGUUUUUCACGGAAUUCUUCUGACAGAGGAUGAUUACCAACAAAUUAACAAUGGCGAGAUUGAAGGCCAUUCGGUGGCACUAGUCCAGUUCUUCAUCAUGGCAUUAGAAGUGGGCAAUCAUAAACUCCACUUCACUCUUAAAACCUCACAAGGAAGUGAGACAGUGGUCAAGACACUCAGAGUAGUGCCAGAGGGCAUUAGGAGGGAAUUAUUUGUUGGAAGCAGGAUUGAUCCAAAUGCCAUCUAUGGCACAUCUGUCACACGUAUUGAGCUCAGAAAUUCUCUUCCACCAAAGAUUGUGCCAAAGUCCAUGGUGGAACGUCUGCUAACAGUAAACGGUGAGGUGCUGGGAGAGUUGAUAUCAAUCAUUACAAACCCAAAAGGAAUCAUGCAGUUGACUAGCUUGCCCAGAGGUUCUGGAGAGGUGGAGCUAAUGGGUCUUCUUCCCAUCUUCUAUGUGUAUGAUUAUAUUGAGCAGUCUGAGCAGUGGGGAAAGAUAAAGGAAUUUGGAAACAGCAUUCUGUUAAAGAGAAAGCUAAAACAUGGUAUCACCAGUAUUAUGUCAUUCAAGUCUAAGCAGGAGAACAGUUUUAGUUUUUGGAAGAACAAAGGGCCAAGCACAUGGCUUACUGCUCUGGUGGUGAAGACUCUAGCUUCUGUGAACAAAUAUGUCACAGUGGAUCAUGAUCAGCUUUCAGGCACUGUCUUCUGGCUGAUUUCAAAGUGUCAGAAACCAGAUGGCUCCUUUACUGAGAUAUCCAGCUACAAGCCUAUAAAGCUCAUGGGUGCUGGGGCAGAUGUCACUGAACAGUCUGUGUAUCUCACAUCGUUUGUGGUAAUAGGGAUCAAAAAUGCAUUGUCAAUUCCCAAGUCCAACUUACAGUUUUAUGAACAGGCUGUGGAGAAGGCAACACACUACUUGACCAUACAAGUGACAAAUGUUAAAAGUUUAUAUGUAAGAGCCAUAGCAGCGUACGCCCUGUCUCUUUCUGACAUCAAGAGCCAUCAUUCUAACAUUCUCUAUGAAAAGCUUAAGAAAGAGGCACAAAUUAAAGGAAACCCGGUAACAGUCAGGUUUUGGGAGGAGAACAAGGCCCCUCAGGACCCAUUAAAUCCAAACAGGGCAUCUGCAGAGUCAGUGGAGACCACUGUCUAUAUGCUGCUCAACACUUUAUUCAGAGGAGACACAGCAUAUGCCAAGCCAAUCAUCCAAUGGCUCACUGAUGAUCAACGUUAUGGAGGAGGUUUCCAUUCGACUCAGGACUCUGUUCUAACAUUGGAAGCCUUGACCAAGUACAGUAUCAUAGUUCGUAGAGCUGCUUUACAAAUGGAGGUUGAUGUGUCAUACCGGAAGAAGGGCAGUAUCAGCCGUGUUAUUCUGACCCAGAGUAACCCUGUGGGUAAACCCAUUGAGCUUGAACAUGCUGAUGAUGUCAUACUGAAAACUGGAUACAGCACAGGCGUGUCAUUUGCUAAUUUGAGAACAGUGUAUUAUGAAAUGACAGAUAGCAACAAUAAUUGCAACUUCGACAUAUCAAUAGAUGUUCAUCCCCACAACCCAAAUUCACGAGAUCCUAUUGUUCAUUCACCGAGGAUAGUUGCCUGUGCCAAAUAUAAGCCACGUAAAAAUGAGGUUGAGAAUGAGGCAGGUCACACAGUAAUGGAAAUUAAUCUGCCCACUGGUGUGAUCCCAGUCCAAGAGGACCUUAAAAGGUUUAGGGAUGGACUUGAGAGUCGUAUUUCUGACUAUGAAAUAACAGACAACCAAGUGAUUCUCCAGAUAGAUUCUGUACCCUCAGAGGAGUUUUCCUGUUUGGGUUUCCGUAUUCAGGAGGUGUUUAGAACUGGCAUGAACAGUGCAUCUGUGUUCAAAGUGUAUGAGUAUCAUGAUCCAGAAAGCCAGUGUACAAAGUUCUACUACAGUCAGAACCGCAGGCUUCUUCGUCUUUGUGACGGAGACCAGUGUCAGUGCAUAGCAGCUGAAUGCUGCAAACUCAAGGCCAACAUUGACCCAACCAUUACAGUUGAAGAAAAAAUACAUGACUUGUGCAAAGGCAACAUUAAAUAUGCUUUAAAAGUUAAAAUAACAUCAUCUGAAGCAGAAGGCGAGUUUCUGACGUACAAUGCAAAUGUGGAAGCAGUCAUUGAAAAAGGGUCCUUAGACCUUACGAGGUCAAGUACACCUGAGGUCAGCUUUGUAAAAAAGGCAACAUGCACCUCAACAAAUUUGGAAAUUGGCAAGCAAUACUUGAUUAUGGGUGCAGAAAUCAUGCAGCUUAGAGUAAAGCGUAGUUACAAGUACAAGUUUCCACUGGAUUCCCAAGCUUUGGUUGAGUGGUGGCCAUCGGAUUCUGACUGCCAAAAUAGCUCUUGCAAAAAAUAUACAGAUGUUUUAAGUAACUUUGAAUUUGAUUAUCUUAGUAGCGGCUGUGCUUAGGGUGGCUGCUCUACAUUUAUAUCAUCUGUAUUUUCAUCCAUUUUGGAAUAUUUUGGCAUUUUUUUAAAGACAUGUAUACUUGCUUUUACAAUAUUUCAUAACAGUUCCUGUUUUGGACAGGCUGUAGAAAUGUAAUUACAUAUAAUUUACACAUAAUUGACACAUAUAAAAUGAUCCACACAGCCAUGAGGACAACAUUACUAUCAAACAUCAUCAGGCCAUAUUUUGUGAAGCCUGAAAACAUGUUUAAACAUUUCAUUUCACAAUUUAAAUACAAUUUUGAUUAAUUAGCUAAUUUAAGCUCCAUAAAGAUAAUUCCACAGAACAUGACGGAAAAUGUUGCAUUUUCUCAUUUGGCCUUUGACAUUAAUAAAUUGAUAAAUUAAUAAAGUGUUACAGCAGAUACCCUCUUGCUGUAAAGUCAAACAAAA